AUGGCUGCGUGGGGGAUACCGUCGGUGCUGGUGCCGCCUGCUGCACCGGCCUUCCCAUUGCAGACUCCACCAUACAGGCCUAGUCCACCCGGCGUGGUGACGAUGCCCCCCGUGCCAGCGGCAGCGGUGCCUAAGCCGGUCGCAAGUGCAGCCAUCGCAGCAUCCACGUCGAAGGCACCGGGCACCGUGCCCGCCAAGGCGGGUCAGCCAGCGCUGCCUCAUGCGGUGAUCCCAGGGGCCUCGGGUGUGCAACCGUGCACCGUCUACGUUGGCCGAAUUUCCACGGAGGUGUCAGAUGAGUUUGUUCGACAGCUUCUAGACAAGUGUGGCAAGGUCAGCAAGUGGAACCGGGCUGCUGACCCAAACACUUCAAAGCUCACAUCCUUCGGCUUCUGCGACUUUGAGGAGCCACAGGGUGUCUGGCGUGCUCUGGAGUUCCUCCAUGAGAAGCAGCUCUGCGAUAAGAAGCUCCUUGUGAAAUGCGAGGAGAAGGCCAAGCAGACGAUCGAUUCCUGGAAAGCAAGCCGAAAAGAUGAACUCCUCAAGAAGCUCAAGGAGGAGGACAAAGACAAGAAGGACCAGGAGCUGUCAGAGGAGCAGCUCACGGCGGAGUUGCGCAAGGACAGUGAGGCCGUUGAAAAAGAGAUCGAAAAGCUGCUGGCCGUGAAGAACAAAGACUUUCCCGAGGUCAAGGAUGGGGAAGACCAGAAAACCAAGGAGGAGGAAGAGAAAGCUGCCAAAGAAGCUCUGGAAAAGGAGAAGAAAGACAAAGAGGCAGCAGCUGAGAAGAAGGACAAGGAGAAGGAGAAAGAGAAGGAAAAGGAAAAAGACAGGGCGAAGACCGAAGAAAGGGGAAAGUCCGAGGCUGAAAGGAAAAGAAAGCGGGACGAAGAACGCGAGGAGAGGGAGAAGGCCGUGUCACGGCAUUACCGGGCCAGCCGGCGAGAGCGGGAUCGCGACGCCCGGGUAAGGGACCGUGAGCGAGACAUUGAGAAGGAAUACAGCUACCGCCUCCGCGAGUUCGAGCGCAGCGAGGACAAGCGGAUCCGCAACUUGAAGCAGGAUCUGCGUGACUUAGAGCCUGCGUCGGAGCCGAGUGAUCGCGAGAAGCGCAAAUUUGGCGAACGCGAUUUGGAUUUCCGCGAGUCCGAUGUGAAGGAAUGGAAGAGGCGCCGCGAGGAUCGGGAGAAGGACCGCAGGCGCGAACAAGAAAAAGAUUCAGCGGACCGGAUCGCUGAGAAGGAAGAGGAGGAGGACAUGAAGAAAAAGAAGAAGGAAGAAGAGGAGAAGAAGAAGCGAGAGAAGCAGGAGGCUGAAGAGAAGGCCAAGCGCGAAGCUGAAGAAGCAGAAAGGAAGAGGAAGGAGGACGAGAAGAGGAAGAAGGAGGAGGCGGACAAGAAGGAGCGCGAGGAAAGAGAAGCCAAGGAGAAAGAGGAAAAGGAGGCCAGAGAUAAAGAGCAGAAGAAGCAGCAGCAGGAUGCCGCUGCCAAGCUGCUGCAGUCAGUGCAGGCAGAGAUCAUGAGCGCGCCGGCGCCCGCUCCGAAGGCAGCUCCCCCGGCCCAUGUGCAGGCGCUCUUCAAGGAGCCCGAGGACCUCGAUGCCAACGGUCAGCCGAGGAAGCACAAGCCCCUGACGCGCCUGGAGACGCCGACCGCCCCCGCCGAGGAUCGGAAGCUGAGGGAUGAUGAGAUGCGGCGGCUGAUCCAGCAGGUACCCACCGACAAGGCUCGGGCGUUUGCCUUCGACAUCGACUGGGACGCAGUGCACGGCAACAACAUCAUAGAGAAGAAGCUCCGGCCGUGGGUGAAGAAGAAGGUCACGGAGUUCCUCGGCAACGAGGAGCAGGGCAUGAUCGAGUUCAUCCUCAAGAAGGUGAGUGCUCACACCAAGCCGGACACGAUUCUCGCAGAGCUGGAAGGGUUUUUGGACGAAGAAGCGGAGAACUUCACGCUGAAGAUGUGGCGAAUGCUCAUUUUUGAGGUUCUUCGCGUGAAGGCCAGAUAG